ACAUCCGGUUUGUGCUCCAAAUGAAAACACACUAACGUUACACUGAGGGCCGACAGCCUGGAUUUAAUCAUUAUUUGAGCCAAAAUGGCUGUGGCCAUGAGCUCAACAUGUCCAGGCCUGUACUGUGGCAGGAUGAUGAUCAAUGGAUCCGUUGAAGGAGACUGUGGUGUCUGUCCUCGUGGAGAGCGCUCUAACCUCCAGAAGGUGUGUGAACGCUGCACAGAGUCCCCUGAGCUCUAUGACUGGCUCUAUCUGGGCUUCAUGGCCAUGUUACCACUGGUGCUGCACUGGUUCUUCAUCGAGUGGUACUCUGGAAAGAAGAGCUCCAGCGCUCUGCUGCAGCACAUCACAGCCAUGCUGGAGUGCAGCGUGUCAGCUGUGGUGACCCUGCUGGUCACAGAGCCCGUUGGGAUGCUCAGUAUCCGCUCCUGUCGAGUCCAGAUGUUGUCAGACUGGUACACCAUGCUAUAUAAUCCCAGUCCAGACUACAUCAACACACUACACUGCACCCAGGAGGCUGUGUAUCCUCUCUACACCAUCGUGUUGAUCUACUACGCAUUCUGCUUGGUGCUGAUGAUGCUGCUACGCCCUCUGCUGGUGAAGAAGAUUGCGUGCGGUUUGGGCAAAUCUGAUCGCUUCAAGAGCAUCUACGCUGCUCUGUACUUCUUCCCCAUCCUCACUGUGCUGCAGGCUGUAGGAGGAGGACUGCUCUACUAUGCCUUCCCCUACAUCAUCCUGGUCCUGUCUCUGGUCACUCUGGCUGUCUACAUGUCUGCCUCUGAAAUACAGUCUUUUAAGAACCUGGUUGCUAAGAAGAAACGUCUGGUGGUGCUGUUCAGCCACUGGCUGCUCCACGCAUACGGGAUCAUCUCCAUCUCUCGGCUGGACAAGUUGGAGCAGGACCUGCCCCUGCUGGCCCUGGUGCCUGGCCCCGCCCUCUUCUACAUCGCCACCGCCAAGUUCACGGAGCCCAGCCGCAUCCUGUCUGAGGGCGGCAACGGACACUGAACUAUCACUCACUCACCUCUGCUCUGAAGUGUCUCAGCCUCUGUGUGUGAACCACCAGUUGAACCACAGCAGCUCCAUGUGAUCCAACUUGUUCAACCGGUUAUUGUAAUAUAAUGAUGACAUCAUGAGGCUUUUAGCAUGUCUGGGACUGAAUUCAUUCUUUAGUUUGUUUUCAGCAUGACUGAAUGGUUUCAUGUUGG